AUGAAACCUAAGGACGCCGAGAACCCAGAUUGGAACCAAGAUGCUGCUACUGCCGCUUUGUCAACCAUAUCAGCAGAGGAGCGGAGGUACCAGGGCGAAGAACGUCGCUCCCAAAGGCUGGAGCAAGACCUGGCAGCAAUCACUAUCGUCAGGGACAACGCCAACAGGGAGAUUCUACGUCUUCAGAAAGAAGUAGCCGGACUGAUGGAGAACUACAAAAACCUUCGGGAGGAGCUGGAAAAGUGCCAAACGUCCAAGGACAACUUCAAGAGGAAAGCCCAGGAGUAUUGUCGAACGCUGGAAGAGAUGACUCACUUAAUGGCUUCCAAGGACACUGAACAGUCAUCCCUCAAGAAGCAGUACCUUAACUUAAAUGAAGCUGUGUCAUCUCUGAAGUCUUUAAAUGCAAGCUUAGAGGAGAGCAUAACAGCAAGAGAGCAAGAGUUGACAAAAAUGGAGGAAAUGGUGGCUAAAUUCAAAGAAGACCGGGAACAGAUUAUUGGUCAGGUACUUUAACUAUUGGAAAUAAACAGUAAUGAAACUUGGAGUCCAAAUAUAUUGUUUGAUUUUUUUCAGGGAAGAGGGGCCCACAUGACAUAAGCUGUCACUGGGUGAUAGCUUCCGGGGUUAAGAUCAUGCCUACUUCUGCACCAAUUCCAUGUGCUCUUCCAGAAUACACAUUACCCCUUCAAAUCUCUUCUCCAGUGCCUAUGUUGUUUUACAAUCAGCUAAUAUGGCCUGUUCAUAUCUCUUUAAUUUUUUAUCAGUUUAUCCAUAGAAAGUAUGUAGAAAUGUUUUCAUCAAAACUGUAAUUUCAAGUUAUUAAUAUUGAAUAAGAAAUGGUAAAAUGGAGACCCCUAAGGAGGGAAAAGCUCAUUAAAAGACCUGUAAAUUAGUUUGGUUCAGAACAAAAUUUACUAGUUAACGUUCUGAAAAUUUUAGUGUCACAUAAAACUAAAACCAUCUUACCAGAGUAGACACCAAGGUUCGUAGUAUGAAGUGGACCCCUUCAAAGAG